UUUGGACUCGGCACAGAUCUGCAUGGCUCAAAAUGCCUUCCUUAUUUAAAAUGCUGAACCUCCUGCUAUAAGUGGAAACUGUUGUAAUUGGCUUUACUGUAAAUAUGGUCAACAGAAAACACCCCAGACUUGGCAAAAGAGGGGAAAUAUGGGGAUUUUUCAUCCUUUUGCUUUACACCGGCCCUCUUUCCUGUUUUGCAACUUUCAGCCAAGCAAAAGAACUCAUCUAUAGAAUAAAGGAGGGAUUACCAACAGGAACCUUCAUAGGAGCCAUUGCAGUGGACUUAAAUUUGGAUUUUACAGUUGACCCCCCCUAUUUAUUCAGUGUGGCUCAAAAGAGGCUCAGUGCACAGUAUGUGACACUCAAUAAUAUCACUGGAGAGUUUUUUACAUCUGCUACAGAGAUUGACAGAGAGACACUUUGCCCUUAUAACCCAAACAGACAUGGAUGUUUCCUCUCACUGGAUGUGUUUGUGCUUCCUCAGCAAUAUUUUCAGCUCAUUAAAGUAAAGAUGAUCAUUGAGGAUAUCAAUGAUAACAGACCAAAGUUCCCUGUGGAUGAGAUUCUUAUAUCCAUACCAGAAAACACACCCAUUAAUGCUCGCUAUGCGGUGGAGCAGUCUGCAGUUGACCCGGACCUGGGUCUUCAUGGAGUGCAGACCUACUGGCUUGUGAAUGACUUUGGCGUGUUCACACUGGAUGUCGAAGAAAAUGUAGGAGGGGAGCUGACACCCUUUGUCAUCGUGACAGAAUUUCUUGACCGAGAGACACAAGAUGAAUAUAUCACAGACAUUAUUGCAGAGGAUGGGGGGACCCCUUCUCUACUUGGUGCAGCCACUUUAAAAAUUGUAAUCUUAGAUGUGAACGAUAAUUGUCCACAGUUUACAGAGUCACACCUUAAUGUAACUCUGCAUGGGAACUCCACCAAAGAGACACAUUUGGCACGUCUACAUGCUUUUGACCCUGACCUUGGUGCUAAUGCUCAGAUCGACUAUACUUACAGUGAGCGUGUGCCAAGGGAGACCAGAAGCUUGUUCCAUUUGGAAAGAACUACAGGGGUGAUCAAACUAGCAGGGAAAAUAGACACUGGUACAGCCAUGCUUUACAAACUCAUUGUUCUGGCAAAUGGCCCUGGUUGUAUUCCCGCUGUUGCCACAGUUGCUAUUCAUUUGAUAAAAGUUCAAAUGGGGCCACCUGCAGUCAUACCUAGAUACAUCGCACAGGAAAAAGAUGGGGUGGUAAGAAUUAAGGAAUCUGAGCCAGAAUAUUCUCCUAUUGCUUUUUUUACUGUCAAAAAUAUAGAUGCCCAUGAAAGGGUGGACUGCCAUUUGGAGGGGACAGGUCCUUUCAGGAUUGGACCCUAUCAGCUUGUCAAAAAUGAAUACCUGCUUGAAACUACAGAGCCGCUGGACUAUGAAAUGACACAAGAGUAUGAGCUCAUUGUAGUUGCUGAAAACAAUCAAAGGCUCAUCAUCAAGACAUUCCUCAAAGUGCAGAUUUUGGAUGAAAAUGACAAUGCGCCAGUUUUUCAGCAGUCUUUAGUGGAAAUAUCUCUUGAUGAGAACAAUCCACCAAACACCUAUCUCACGCAGCUCCAUGCCACAGACCAGGACAGCGAAGCCCGAGGGGAGGUCAUCUUUCUUCUUGGAGGCAAUGCCCCUGGGAUCUUUGUUUUAGAUCAUGUGACAGGUAUCCUGAGUGUGACCACGUCACUGGACCGUGAAGAGAAGGAGACAUACCGCUUCAUAGUGAGAGCAGUGGACCAGGGAACCCCAAGGAGGGAGUCGAUUGCUACUGUGGUGGUGACUGUGCAAGACCGCAAUGACAAUAGCCCACGCUUCAUCAAUAAGGAUUUCACUUUUUUUGUGCCAGAGAACUUCCCAGGUUACGGGGAGAUUGGGGUGCUCUCAGUGACGGAUGCUGAUGUUGGGGAAAAUGGCUGGGUGGCCCUUUCUAUCCUCAAUGGAAGUGACAUUUUUAUGAUAGACACAGGCCGAGGCACACUAAGAGCCAAGAUCUCACUUGACCGAGAGGAACAGGGGACAUACCAGCUAUGGAUUGAGGCCGUAGAUGGUGGGGAACCUGCGCUCUCCUCUGUAACCAUGGUGACCGUGCUGCUGUUGGAUGUCAAUGACAAUCCACCGAUUGUCCUCUUCCCUCAGUCCAAUCAGUCCUACAUGUUGGUUCUACCCAACACCCUGCCAGGAACAUCCAUAACAGAAGUGUAUGCUGUGGAUAACGAUACAGGAAUGAAUGCUGUGAUUGCAUAUAGUAUCAUUAAAAGGAAGGGAGGGGAGCCUGGGUCUUUUUCCAUCGACUCAGAAACAGGAAACAUCACUUUAGAGAGGGAACUCAGCAACCGAGGUCUCCACAGCCUCCUAGUAAAGGUCAGUGAUCAUGGUCAGCCAGAGCCACUUUACUCAACAGUCAUGGUUAACUUAUUUGUUAAUGAAACUGUGAGCAAUGAAAGCUACAUUCAGAGUUUGCUGACUAGAGAGGCUGAUAUUGAAAUAGAGGACAGACCUUGGCAGAUAGGUCAACUGCAGGAGGGACCUGAGAGGUAUGACAUGUUUCCAUGUAAACCUGCCCUCAUUGCCCUUUCAGUGACAUGCCUCAGUCUGUUCUUCUCCCUUGUUACACUGACAGCUUGCAUAUGCUUAAAAAGAUUUCAGAAGCAAAAGACAAAAUCUGAAGUUCACUUACCUUUGAAAAUGAAGAAAGACUCUACGCAGAUCAAUAAUAGGAAGUUCAGGCACGUCUCAAACAUUUGAUGUCAUAUCCACACAUCUGUUUAUACCAAUUUUUACAACACACACUGUGAGAAGUCUACAUAGAAUUGGUCUCUUCAGUCUAUAUGUAAACAUUUGUUCUUGAAGGGCAAACACUUAAAUCAUCAGGAACACGAGAUCUAAGAAACAGCAGUAACAAAAAUGCCUUUAUAAUUAUACUAUUUUUCACAGGUUUAAAUUUAAUAUACAGUUUAUUAAUGUAGCUGUAGUUUGCAGUGGUGUGUAGAAGUGCAAUGCAUCAUACUGAGAAUGGGGGCUUGACAUUAAUACCUGCAAACCUGUCAAGCGUGGGUGAAUUUUAGCAGUGGUGGGUAACACUGCCACUCACUAGCCACUUUGGCGGGCUGUAUUUCAAUCAGACAGUGAGAAAAAAAUAAUAAUCCCGCCCCCCCAUUGUGGAAUGUAUUUCAAUUGGGAAAAAUAUUGCUCAGCACUGAACACCUAUUACCAAAAAACAAAACUGUUGAGUAGUGAAUUUAAAUGCUCUGGAAAACCACUAGCCACAAUGGCUGGUGAGCAUGUUAUGCUCAGCUGAGAAAUAUUUACAUUAUUUUAUCCAUCUGAUGCAAAUAAGUAUGAUAGUGUACUGCUGCAAACUACAAUAGUAAAUUUUGAUGCAGCUCUUUUAUUGAAUCUCAAUCUCACUAAAUUGUGCAGGUGAAUAAAAUGCUAUGCUCGGUGAGUAUACAUCCUUAGACGACUGCUUGCAAUACGUUUUUCUUUGCCACAUGGCUAAAUUCACAGAAUUUUGUCAAAGGAAUGGAAAAUGAAGUUAGCAGUGGCAACCAUAACAUUAAAUGAGAAAUGCUUUGAAAAUGAUGUAAUCAUGUACAUAUUGAACUGUUUUUCAAAUUUGGAUAUACAUAUUUAUAAUGCACAGUUAAUAAUUUUUAUUUUUGUUGUACACCAUCCGCAUUAACAUCAUACCUGUCACACUAAGUCAUAUCAAAACAUCUUUUUUUUUAUGAAUGAGAAAAUAUUUUUAAAUGUCUUUUAUUGCAAUAUUCAUAUUGUGUUCAUGUAUUUUGUAAGUAACAGACAAAGAGGAAUGCUAACCUAUUAUAUUUCUGCAUUUGAAUGUAAGCUUGAGUAAGAGUCUACCCAAUAUAAACAUGUAUGUAAUGGUACACAAAUGCCAUUUAAAAGCUUUCUAUGAGGUACGUUUGUCAAUCAUGCUUGAGUUUUGGGGGGAGGGGGAACAUGUAUGUAAUGGUACACAAAUGCCAUUUAAAAGCUUUCUAUGAGGUACGUUUGUCAAUCAUGCUUGAGUUUUGGGGGGAGGAGAAAUGUUAAAUAGAUCUUCACCUUGGUCCAUCCAUUUCAUAAAGAGAACUGACCUAAGGGCACCUGGACUUGCUUGUAGACAUUUCACCUCUCAACCAAGGGGCCUCUCAAGGUUUUAUUAAACUUAAACCUGUUAUAUAUCCAGGUGCCAUGGUUGGCAAGAUUUUUUUUUUUUAUUGACACAGAUUUCAUUAAAUUACACCAUAUGUGACACUGGUGCAUUCAGUUUUUCUGUGUAGUUAAAUAAUCCAAAUCACCCUCUACAAACGUGGAAUUCUGAAUGUGUUUGAGAUUUUACAAAAUGUUUGUGAGAAAGAAAAUAAAGUACUUUAUUUUAUUAUA